AUGCCGACCGCUGCCCAGGCCUCGCGAUCGCGGCUCAUGUUCCACGUGACGUUCCACGUCGCCGACGCCGACGCCGACGAGUUCCUCCGACACCUGCGCACGACGUUCGAGGCCGUCACCGCCGAGCCCGAGUGUCUCUUCGUCGACAGGUACCGGGACCCGCGCCACCACGGGACGAUACGGAUCGUCGAGGAGUGGGCCUGCGACCGGGACUGGUUCGUCAACGUGCAGAUGCCCAAGAAGUACUACGACGCGUACCGCGCGGCGACCGAGGACAUGUACAUCAAAGAGCGCACGGUCGAGGAUUGGGAGCGCAUUCCUGGGUGGUGGAGACAGAAGCCGGGGUAUAAGCCCGAGUGA